GGGAAAUUACUAUCUAAAGAUAGUUUCACGCAUUGCCUAUAUAUAUCUUCCUUCAAUUUAUUUCUUCAUUUUCCUUUUAUUCCUGUCAUGGCAGUGUGUUAAUCAACUUCGCAGGAAGUUCUUAAGAGCUAGAUGUCUUUUAACCUCCGUUUAGGAAACCAUCUAAUGAUCCUCUCUCUGUUGUUUUGGAUUUCUAGUGCUUCUUCCUUCUUCUUUGCUUCCAACUAUCUACAUUAAUCUAGAAUGAUUAGAUUGUUAAUAUUGUAAAAUCACAAAUUUUUCUUAAACUUCAAAAUCAAUGUAAAAGGAAUAAUGUUUACAAAGUCUUAAAUUAUUAUAAUGAUUUUGAUUAGUUAAAGCUGGACCAUUGUUUCUGAUGGCUUUUAUAAAGUUAAAUACACUUAGAGAUCACUUUCCUGGCUUGCUGCAUGAAGUCAAUAGACCUAAUACUUCUAUGUUCAUACUCAAUAGUGCCGAUUUGUUCUUUAAUCUCAUUAUAAAGUCUUCGACCAUUCUUUACCUGGUUCACUGCAAUCCGAUAUGGCCUUCAAAGAUGUUCUCUCCAAUCCAAUCACCUUCACAGAUUUGGCUCUAAUUCCUUCUCUUCUACUACUCUUCCAAAUCCUCACUAGGAAGUUGAAGAAGAAGCAGAGAAAGAAUAAGUACCAUCCUGUUGGUGGCACAAUCUUUCACCAGCUUCUCAACUUCAAUAGAAUGCAUGAUUAUGUGGUUGAUCUUGCUGGGAAAUAUAAGACUUACAGGUUGCUCAGCCCUUUUAGAAAUAUGAUUUUCACCAGAGACCCGGCAAACGUUGAGUACAUACUAAAAACAAACUUUGAGAAUUAUGGCAAGGGAAAGUAUAACUACGAGAAUUUAAAGGAUUUACUAGGCGAUGGAAUUUUCACUGUUGAUGGUGAGAAGUGGCACCAGCAAAGAAAGAUUUCAAGCUAUGAGUUCUCCAAAAAGGCUUUAAGGGAUUCUAGCAGCGUAGUCUUCAGGAAUAAUGCUGCAAAACUUGCAGAUAUUGUGUCUGAAACUGCAAAAUCUAGCCGGUCAAUGGAUAUACAGGAUCUGUUCAUGAAAUCAUCCUUGGAUUCAAUAUUUAAGAUUUUAAUUGGAGUUGAGCUAGACAGCUUGUGUGGCUCCUAUGAAGAAGGCAUUAAAUUUAGCAAUGCUUUUGACGAUGCAAGUGCAAUGACCGUUAGGCGAUAUGUAGAUGUGUUAUGGAAGAUCAAGAGGUUUCUAAACAUAGGAUCCGAAGCUACAUUAAAGAAAAGAAUCAAAGUGGUUAAUGAUUUUGUUUAUAAGCUAAUCAAUAAUAAAUUUGAGCAGAUGCAGAACUUGAAAGAUGAUUUCGCUGUGACUAUGCAGAAAAAGAAAGAUGACAUUUUAUCAAGAUUCCUGCGAGUGACUCAGUCUGAGCCAACAGACUUGCGAGAUUUAGUUCUGAACUUCUUGAUUGCCGGCAAAGAUUCAACAGCAUCUACUCUAUCUUGGUUCAUCUACAUGCUCUGUAAAAAUCCUGCUGUUCAGGAAAAGGUUGCAAAAGAGGUAAGAGAAGCGACUGAAGGGAAACAAAUCACAAAUUUUGCAGAAUUUGCAGCCAGUGUUGAUGAAGAAGCUCUAGAAAAGAUGAAUUAUCUCCAUGCUGCUAUAACUGAAACCCUUAGACUCUAUCCAGCUGUGCCCUUGGAUGCGAAGAUUUGCUUUUCUGAUGAUAUUCUGCCAGAUGGGUUUAGUGUGAGGAGAGGAGAUAUGGUAGCUUAUGCACCUUAUGCAAUGGGCAGGAUGAAAUUCAUAUGGGGUGAUGACGCUGAGGAAUAUAAACCAGAGAGGUGGCUUAAUGAGGAUGGUAUGUUUCGCCAACGCAGUCCUUUCAAGUUUACAGCCUUCCAGGCAGGUCCACGACUUUGCCUUGGAAAGGAAUUUGCUUAUAGGCAAAUGAAGAUCUUCUCAGCUGUCCUAAUAGGGUGUUUCGUUUUCAAACUAAGAGAUGAAAAGAAAACUGUUAAUUAUAGGACAAUGAUUAACCUUCGCAUUGACGGAGGCCUCCAUGUUUGUGCGCUCCAUGGGUAAGAAAUAGUUCAUUCUGUUUAUCCUGUGCACCAAAUGUUGUCAGGAAGUUGAAGGCAGCUUGCUAAGUUUGAAUAAGCGUAAUGUAAA